UUGGGCGCGCGCACGCGCAGCGCAGCGCAGUGUAGCGUAGCGCGCUCCUUCUUGCGGCGUUCGCUGUGGUGCUCAGCGGCUGACGUUCGAGUGCCUCUUCGAGCCGUGCCGCUCGCGAGGAUGCUGGGCACCGAGCCGGCGUGGAGGAGCUGUGGCCGCGGGCUGUGGAGGUUUUUGCGUCGUGCUGCCGGCGGCAGCCCCCGCGCUCUGAGCGCCGUCUCGUCCUCAGCUCCUCCGGCAGGUAGCCGCGCCGCGCCCAGCCCAGCCUCUUUCUCACGUCGCGUCUUCAGCCCUCGGCCGGUGGCGGGUAUCAGUAAUGUAAAGCCACUGGAUGGUGUGAAAAUUCUUGAUUUAACAAGAGUGCUUGCAGGGCCCUUUGCCACGAUGAAUUUAGGAGAUCUAGGGGCUGAAGUUAUUAAAGUGGAAAGACCAGGAACUGGUGAUGAUACAAGAAGCUGGGGCCCACCUUUUGUUGGAACAGAAAGUGUUUAUUUUCUCAGUGUCAAUAGAAAUAAAAAGAGUAUAGCUAUCAAUAUGAAGAAUUCAAGAGGAGCAAAGUUGAUCAGGGAGCUCGCAGCUGUAUCUGAUGUUUUCGUGGAGAACUACGUCCCUGGGAAGCUGGCUGAAAUUGGCCUAGGUUAUGAAGACAUUGAAAAGAUUGCUCCUCACAUAGUAUACUGUUCAAUAACAGGUUAUGGACAGACUGGUCCAAUGGUUCAGAGAAGUGGAUAUGAUGCCAUUGCAGCUGCCAUUUCUGGUCUCACACAUAUCACAGGGCACGAGGGUGGUGAACCAGUUAGAGUAGGAGUAGCCAUGACAGAUCUUGCUACUGGCUUGUAUACAUGUGGAGCAAUUAUGGCUGGCUUGCUUCAGAAGCAUAAGACGGGGAAAGGAAUGCACAUUGACUGCAAUCUCUUGUCAUCUCAGGUUGCAUGUCUUACUUAUGUAGCAGCUAAUUACCUUAACUGCAAAAUUGAUGCUAAACGCUGGGGUACAGCUCAUGGCAGUAUUGUUCCAUACCAGGCUUUUAAGACCAAGGAUGGUUACAUCGUGUUGGCAGCUGGAAAUGAUCAGCAAUUUGUCACUGUGUGCCAGAUCCUGAAUCUGCCUGAAGUCAUUAAGGAUUCCAAAUACAAAACUAAUGAGCUGAGAGUCCAGAACAGAAAAGAACUUAUUGACAUACUGUCAACUCGGUUAUCAGAAAAAACAACAGUCGAGUGGUUGCAGCUCUUUGAAGGUAGUGGAGUUCCAUACGGUCCAAUCAACAAUAUACAGCAGGUAUUCUCGGAGCCUCAGGUGCUGCACAAUGGACUUGUGAUGGAAAUGGAUCACCCAACAGCUGGGAGGAUAGCUGUUCCAGGACUUAUUUCAAUUUUGAGGAACUCAGGACCGUUACAGGAACUCAGCAGACAUGAUAUACGACAGCUCACUUAGCCAUCCUCAAAUACUUCAAAAAUUCUUAAUAUAUAUAUAAACAAUAUCUUCGAACUGAUUGCAAAAGCAGAAAAGAGAUGGUGGGAAUAUGUUAUGGUUUUAGGAUUAUGAUUUAGGUUUUGGAUUAUGUAGAAAAUGUUAGUAAUGUUUUUAAUGUGUGAUACUGUUACGUGGAGUCUUUAAGAUUUCUUUUGAGCUAUAACAGAAUGAACAAGCCUCUUCAUAGCUUUGCUCCUCUGUCACGUGUGCCCAGAGCAUUUUUCUACAGUAUAUUUUAAAAUUUGUUAAAUCUGCUGUAGCCACAGAAGAUUUUUGUGCCACAGAUAAUAAUUUCAAAGUUAAUUUUUCAAGGGAGGAAAGACACCUCUCUCUUACCUACUUAUGGGCUGUGAUUAUUGGAGUGGAUGUCUUUCCCACCAGGCUCAGGGUAAGCACUCAUGUGCCACGCACUCGAGUCAGGCAUGCUUUGUGCUUCUCAGGGAUAGGUUGUCAAAGGUGUUAAUGUUGUCUCAUCUGGACUCUCAUCUUGGCAGACCAGAGGUUUUUGAAGCCCCUUCUUAAGUUUUGCACAUAUGGCAACGUUGGCAAAGUUGUUUUUUUCUUGUUUCACAUGUUCCUUUCCGGGAUUUGAUGCUGUGGUACUGGGAGAUGAAAUAAAAAUACUUCACUGGGAGAUGAGAGCAUUUUCCCACUUGGUACCUAAUGUAACAAAGUCAAGUGCAAUUGUGAUUGAGGUUUGGCUCAGUGUUGAUCAGUAA